AUGGGAACCCUAAAACAAACCCAUGUUCAACCACAAUUCUUGGUCACGGAUCGCUUAGAUUCCCAGGAUAUCUCGCUGGAUAUACGAAAGCUGUCACAGGACGACAAUUGGCUUGAGAAACCAUCGCGACAAAGCGCCAGGGGCAGGCGCAAUAGAUCAAAAGCUGGCUGCUACACUUGCCGUUUGAAGCGCAAGAAAUGUGAUGAGGCGACCCCAAAAUGUGGGCCCUGCGUAAGACAUCAGCUAAAAUGCAUUUGGCCCAGCAAAGGUGUUGGCCAACUCACUAAAGAAAUGCGGGAAAAGAUGAAGCGCGACAUAGAUCUCUCAGAGGACAUUUCUGGCGAUGCUUUUGAAGGGGGCUCGUCUGACUUAUUCUUCAUUUCGGACUCUGGGAUACGGUAUUACGUAGAAUACGCCUCGGACUGCGGCGAGCCUAAGAUGGUGCUGUCGAGUAGUGCAUUUGCAACGACCAACUCUUAUCGGGACAAUGAACAGACAGGUAUGCCUCAAUAUGAGGAUUCAAGCAACCCUCCCAUUUUACCCGUGAGCUCGCAGCCCACUUGGACUAGCGCUGCGCCUCCUGUCAACGGUGCCCUACGAGAAUCCAAUCAUUCGGCCACCAAUGAAGAGUGGCUCGCGUUGUUAAACACACCACAACCUGGGCCCGAUUCCCCAUCGUUGGCACUUUUAUGGGAGAGAAACGCAAAUGUAGAUGCCAACACCAUCACCUCACGAUCCGCUACUUUACGCGGACCAACCCCCAGCAAUUUGUCUGCAGCAGACGCCACAAAUACUACUCACGAUGAAGAUUACAAUGCAUAUGGGCUCGACGAAGAGCUGUCUGAAAAGUUUUACGCUGAGUUGAUGCGAAAGUUUGUCCAUUGGUCAACUUCUCCACGAGAAGUCAGUGCUGCUUCCGCUGCGAGUUUAUUGUCCCAAUAUCAACUCACGCAACAAGAAUUGUUACUGUACUAUACAAGCAUCCAUUAUUUUUUGCCGGCAGUGGGCCCCCAGCAAACACUGCCGCAGUUAACCACAACGGAAACAUUUGUCCCAUUGCUCACGCACCAUCCGAUCGUAAAAGACGUAUUUUUGUGCUGCGGGGCCACCUUUUUAGCUUGGUGUCAGCCACACAAGUACUCCAGCGUUGCAGAAAAACUGUACCAAAAGUGCAGGGGUGAGCUACACCGUGAAAUUGAAUCUAAAAGCAUCCGCGGCGAUGAAACCUGGGCGUUUGCCUGUUUCCAACUAUUAUGCUUAACAAACAAGCUUCACAAUGGACAAGGCGAGUCCAUGGUUGAUCGAUGCAUCGAGAAUCUGACGCACUCUUUCCAAAUCAUACAGUUGAAGUACAAUGACAUCGAAAAACACGGAUCCACUGCAACCGAUCGAAUGUUGAUCGAAAGUUUUAUCUACAACUAUACCGUGUCAUUGUUGGUAGCUAGAGACCUGUCAAAACUGCCCAAUCCGUUUGGCCAGGUUUUUCAUAAAUUGACCGCGCUUUUAAAGUCACCGCUUUUCAACGACUGCGAUGUCGAAUGGAUGAACAACCCCGUAUUAGGCCCGUCUCUAGAUGCCUUUUGUUUGCUUGCGAAGGUUUCAUACCUGAGUCGCAUGCCGUUGCCACUGCAGUCCAGCGAAUGGAAAGCUUGUGCCAAGGAGCUACUCGAAGAGUGUCUUUAUUACACUCCUCCGACGUUGCCCGAACCAGUGCGCCGCGAUGAGCGUAAGUACGAGAUCUACAGGCCCGGUCUUCUUUGCGGUUCCAUUAUCAGCAAAGCCUGCUACCUACUACUGAGCAAGAUACUGCAAUUCCGCGAGUUCGACGUUCGCGACUGCCAAAUCCAAGGUGUGGUGAAAUACACUAUACAGAGCCUCAAGGACAUAGAGAAAGGAAACCCGCUGCUCUGCAUUUUGCUAUGGUCUUUGCUGAUCAUCGGAGCUUUCACCAUUGAUCCAGAGGACCGAUUGGUCAUAAAGGAGUAUUUGAAGAGCACCUCGGAAACCAUACAUUCCUACGGAGCUUUGAAAAUUACCAACUUAUUGCAACUGGUAUGGGACCGCGAAGACAUCGAACUGCUCUUUGUCCGUGAAAACAUAUGUCAGAUCAUCAUCUAG